ACCUCUUCUAUUCUAAUUCAACAAAUACCUCACCUCUUCUAUUCUAAUUCAACGAAUAUCAUACCUCUUAUAUUCUAUUCUAACGAAUACCUUACCUCUUCCUUUCUAAUUCAACGAAUACCACACCUCGUCUAUUCUAAUUCAACAAAUACCUCACCUUUUCUAUUCUAA